AUGCUACCCGCCGUCGCCUCUCAUCACCCUGCCGCCCUCGUCGCCGUCGGCCCGGUCGCUGCCCCGUCCUCGUCCUCCUCCUCGCUGGACUGCACGCCUUCCUCUUCGUCUCGUCGCUGCCAUCGCGUCUCGCCCGUCGUCCCGCUCCUCGUGGCCGUCGCCUCGCACGCCCGCUCCCGCUCCGUCUCGCCUCUGCCGUUGCUGCCGCUGGUCCAUCCCCGCUUCGCCUGGCUGCCCCGUGCGCGCCCCGGUCGCCCGCCGUUGCUCGCCUGCGCUGCCGGUCGCCUCCUAACGCCAGCGCCCGCACUCACCGCGGCCCCCGCACCGGCCCUCGCUCCGCGCGCCUCUGCCCUCGCGCUGCUCGCGCCCGCGACGCCCGGCCUCUGCCUCCACCGCCCCAUGUCCGGCGUCCGCCCCGGCCACGUGGCCCCAGAGCUCUGCUCCACUACGACCUCGCACCACCGCGCCUCCACCGCAUCCCUCGCAGGCACCCGCGCGGUCCCCACCGCUCGCGCCCGCAGCCGCCGUGCUCGGCGCCCUACUGCGCCGAUGGCCGCGCGCCGCCUUGCCGUCGUCGCGCUGCGUGCGUCGCCCCCACCGUCCGUCCUCGACACCGUUUCACCGUUCUGCUCCGGCUGCCGUCGAGGCCGGCGCCCCCCUGGUGGCCACGGGCCUGCACGCCCGGCGCCCGUAACCGCGCCCGGGUGCCCGAUGCCCGGUGCCCGUUAG